CCGCCGAGCUCCGCGCCCGCGCUGACUGAUGUAUUUGAAGAGGCCGGCGGGCGGCCUCGCCUUCUGCCUCUUCUACCUGGCCUUCAGCUUCACCAACAAGUAUGUCCUGUCUGUCCUGCAAUUUACCUACCCUACCCUUUUUCAAGGGUGGCAAACACUGGUGGGUGGACUUCUGCUUCACAUCUCCUGGAAGCUGGGCUGGGUGGAGAUAAACCUGUGUUCAAGGUCUGAAAUUCUGUCAUGGCUUCCUGCAUCAGUACUUUUUGUGGGCACUAUUUAUGCUGGCUCCAGGGCACUGUCUAGAUUGCCAAUCCCGGUGUUCCUCACUGUGCACAACGCAGCGGAAGUCAUAACCUGCGGGUUCCAGAAGUUUGUGCAGAAAGAGCAGAUCUCUCAUCUGAAAGUCUGUAGUGUGCUGUUCCUCCUGGCAGCAGCAGUGUGCCUUCCUUUGUGUGACACACAGUUUGAUCCAAAUGGAUAUUCAUGGGCUCUAAUUCACUUGAUCUGUGUUGGGGCUUACAAAGUAUUUCACAAGUUGUGGAAACCUGGAUCUUUAAGUGAUCUGGACCAACAGUACAUCAACUAUGUAUUCAGUGUAGUGCUGUUGGCCUCUGCAUCCCAUCCAGCAGGUGAUCUCUUCAGUGCCUUGGAUUUUCCAUUCCUGUACUUCUACAGGUUUCAUAGCAGCUGCUGUGCCAGUGGACUGUUGGGAUUCUUUCUGAUGUUGCACACAGUGAAGCUAAAAAGCAGCACAACCUCAGGGCAAUAUGCAGCCUGGAGUUUCCUUGCAAAGGUUAUCACUGCUGGCUUAUCACCGUUCUUCUUUGUCAUGACUGCCAAUGUACUAACAAUUUCUUGCCUUGUGAUUGGUGGAGUUGGAGAAGCAUUACUUGUUUACAGUGAAAGGACAGGCACAUAAAGAGGAACCAGAUCUCACCAGCUGGAAAAGAGCUGACUUGCAGCCUAGAGACACUAUCAUGAAAAAAAAGCGGCAGCAGGAAUGAAGAAGUGCAACCAAACAUGAGGAAAGGGAUCUAUUGUUUUUGUUUGUUUUUUUUUUUUAAUUAAGAAAAUAACCUAUGCUGUUAAUAGUGCUGGUAAAGGAGCAGCAUAGUUGGCAAAGAUGCUAAGGAGCCUUUACCUCAAAGCACAAGACAAACUAUAUCAGAUUGGUGUGGUAAAAGAAAAACUGCACUGUCUCAUGCUGAUGGCUCCGUGUGAGCACCACUCAGUAGCAGCUUCUUGCACAGGGAACUAAACUCAGGAAACGCAGCAUUCCCCACUGGAUGCCUCCAGUGGUUUUUUUUUUGUUUGAAGCAGACAGCAGGUCAUACCAAACAAUGUCAGAGCCCAGACCCUGCCAUAAAUUCAGGAUCUGGAAGGACGGAUUUUGCCUCCAACUAUGCUGUAAGCAGCAAGCUGCCACACACAGGUCUCUAGUGAUGUUGUCUGAAUGGGUACAGGGACUGAGGCCAAGGGGCUUGUGGAGAUAAUCCCCUUCUGGAACUCUGGCAGUUUGACAGCUUUGCAGAAAGG